UUCUGAUUGCUGUGCCUGCAGGCGUCACUGUUUUGAUCGCGGUUCUAACCUGAGCGGAGUAGUGAAGUGCCUGGGCGAGGCUCAGAGCCUGUACAAGUCCAGAGCUUCAUCUCAUCUGUCAGUCCUGUGGGUGGAGGCACAAUAUUUGGACUUCUUGAAGCGCGCGCGCACUGAAUCUUAUACAUAACUCUUCAUAUCUCCAGCAGUUCUUUUAAUUUCCAAGGCUCGCGGGUUUAUUAAUAACUCGUCUGAUGCCUUCUUCAAGAGCUGUCACUGAUUUCUCUGAAUUUUUACAACUUUAGUCAGGCAAAUGUCUCUCGCGUGUGCGCCAACGCAGCCGAUUCGCGCCGCGCGCAAAACCGAGUGGCUCCGCUGCGCCCUCGCGCACCACUUCUCCCGUGAGCCUGGAGUCGACAACGAGAUCGUGGUGCUGGCGACCGGCAUCGACCAGUACGUGCAAGAGGUCUUCCAUCACCUCGCUUACAACAGCAGCAGCGAUCUGGUGUCCGAGCAGGACUUCCGUCUGCUCUGUUCGGUACUCGGUGUGAGCUCGGAGAAGACGGAGGAAGAGGAGCACAGCGCGCGAGAGGACCGGGACGUGUGCACGGCGCUUCCACCCGCGCUCAGCUUCAGGGAGUUUCACUCGCGCCUCUGCGGUUUCUUCACCGUCCGAGCGCGAGACUCUCCGACAUCCGUGCGCCUUCCGGUCACCGAGGAAACGGAGCACGUGGAGCGCGAGAUCAGGCUCCGGUGUCCGCGAGUGCGGCGGAGAAAGUGCGUCAGCUUCGACUUAAGCCGGGAAACGAGCUCUGCAAACAAGACAUCACGCGACAGGACGGAAAACGCAACGGAAUCAGCACAGAAAGUUCAGCAGAGAUCCUGGCAGGAGCAGGUGGAGAUGGAGAACGCUGGUCUGAGAGAGCUUGUGGAAGACCUGCGUUCAGCUCUGCAGAGCAGCGACGCUCGCUGCAUGUCCCUCGAAGUGGCUCUGAAGAGGGAGCAUCUGUACGCACCUGCCGAAAACUCUCCACAAAUCACUGAAAGGCAAACCUGCCCUGCUGGCAGCGAGCCCACACCGAGGCAAACUAAACAAACCAGGCGUACAAAGGACCUUCUCCGAGAGCUGGAGCUGAUCCGAGCUUCACGUGACGGCCAGCUGGAGGAGGCGAUGAGGUUCAACCAGAGGCUGGAGGAGGAGCUUAUGUCGGCGUAUGGCGAGGUCAGCAGGCUGGAGGAAACAGUGGCGAGGUUGAGAAGAGAGAGCGCCGAGAUCAAGAGGAGGGCGGAGGAGGCGAGGGCGGCUCUCGCCGCAGGUCUGGCGUGGGUCAAAGACAUCCAGGAUCGGGCGCAGCAAGUCAAGCCACUGCAGGAGAAAGUCCAGAACCUGGAGUGUCACCUGGAGACGUUCAGGAUCAAAAUGACCAGAAAGAAAGAACUUUCAUUCUUUCUUUUCAUGGGAAGAUCUCACCAUGCUGUGAAUGGAAACAGAAAAAAGGGAGUGGAAGGCCCCAACUGGAAAACAAGAUCUCGGUGCACCUGUACGGUUGAACAUGAUAGAAGACCCGAACCUCCGGCUGAGCCCGUGGAGCCCACGGCGCGGGUGAUUCCCACAGGCCGAGACGAGGUGCUCAUAAGAGGAGAGGAAGCCCUGCAGAGGGCGGUGGAGGGUCAAGCAGCCUCGGAUGAGGAGGAGGAGGUGAAGGUGAAGAUGAAGGAGGAAGGCCAGUGCUGUCUGCUGGAGGUGAAGAGACUUAUUAACAAACUCCACAACUGUGCAAAGGGCUGUCAGAAGAUGGCGCUGUGUCAUCUGAUCCUGUCACAGAACUCUACAGGACACCAUAGCAGUCCGAACGGCUGCUCCGGACCACCAGAGUCAAAAGCGAGGGGACGAAGGCAUCACACGCUUCUGGAUGAAAAGAAAACAGAUAAAAGAAUCUCGCGGAGAACUCUCGGAAAAAUCCUGAUGAACACACUGGAGCUCUGCAACACCAAAGGCCAAGAAUGGAUCCCCAUCUUCCAGGUGGUGGAGGCUCUUUGUCAGCAGCUGAUCUCCAGCGAGGUUGUGUGUGUAGAGGAAGACGUUACAGCGUGGCGAGGUGUGAACCCACAUCACAGGAACUCCACAAACUCUCUCCUCAUCUCCUGCUGACACUCAUCUGCUUCAUCCAGGGAUGUGCUGUGAAGGGGUUCAGGCUCGUCAUUGAAGAAGGUCCUUAAAUCCAUACCUUGUGAUGAAAGCUUCAAUCUAAAUAAGUCAAAUCUAUAGCUGUGUGUAUGAUCUGUAUCUAAUCAGUUUCUCAGAAUUAUAUAUAAGAAUUAAAAACAUCUAAAAACAGGGUGUGUUGACUUCCUAGAAAGAAAAAUAAACAUAUUGUCUCACUUCCUAAGAAAAACUUAGUGGCUGCCAUUAAACUAUUUUCCCAUCAGGAUCUAAUUGUGUUUUCCAGGAUUCGGUUACAGAUGCAUAUCCGCGUAUUAUGGUAUUGCCUUACUUCCAAGUCACCACUUAUCCUUGCUGGAAAGAGUAAAAACAAAUAUCGCAAUACUCUAAUCGGAACUGCUGUAAACAUUUUCCCAUCAGGAAUUAAAUCUGUUCACGGCAGAUUGUAUCACAGCUCCGGGAUUCCAGGUUCAAACCCCGAGAAUCUCAGGAUCUCCAUGCCGGUUUCCCAAAGGGGUUAUCUGGUUCCAUCUGAACUUCAAAAACAGACCAGUAGGUGGACUGGUGAGCUUUGAAAUGCCCCUCAGUGUGAUAAAGUGUGUGUGUGUGUGUGUGUGUGUGUGUGAGAGAGAGACACAGAGAGA